ACACAAGAGGGAGAGCUGGAGAGGAGGCAGCUGCUGCGUGAGCUCGUCCUCUUCGCAGAUCUGAGCAGGUAGAGGGAGAGAAAGAGAGAGAGAGAGAGAGGUGGAGAGAGACAGAGAGAGAGAAAGGGAGGGAGGGAAGAAGUCUGUCUUUUCACCUGAAGAUUACUUUGUCUCACACUUCUCUCACCCACAGCGCUGGAAGGCAGGAGCAGGAAGCACGGAGCGGAGUUGAUCAGGAGGUGCCGGCUCUUCUUGCUCUGUUGUUUUUUUCUCUUUUUCCUUUCUGCAUGGGAGGUCAGCUGGACCGCUGACCGCAUGAGCAUCUUCACCUGGAAAGACUGAGAGAGAAGAAGAGGAGAAAGUGGGCACCUCAAGGAGAGGUACAAAGUGAGGGAACUGCAGCAGAACCUCCGGCUGCAAGGGAGGAAAAGUUGGACUGACAAUCUGCACCUGCAAGCUUUGAAAAGGAGAUCUGAAACCCCCCUCUCCUUUGUGGACUUCCUGUGACGUGUGACUCAUCCCUAACCUUUGACCCCCCACACCAAGCGGACUUUACCGGUCUAUCCACCACUUCUACUUCCACCACCCAAGGAAGCCACAAAGAAAAGGAACGAGCGUACAACUCUGCAACUGAAGACAGACCUUUAAAACACUAUUCUGUGCUUAACAAUGGGAGACGGUUCGCCUUUUCCAGCGGUUUGCAGCACCUUCCUCCCAGUGGCCCUUUGCAUUCUGACCCUUCUGCCUCACAGCCUUCUGGGUAAACCUGCAGAGGAGGAAAAUGCAGGCAGCUCAGCGCUCCUCCAAAGGGUAAAGAGAGGCUGGGUGUGGAACCAGUUCUUUGUCCUGGAGGAGUACACUGGCAUGGAACCGCUUUAUAUUGGAAAGCUCCACUCUGACAUGGAUAAAGGCGACGGCUCCAUUAAGUACAUCCUAACUGGCGAAGGCGCGGGUUCCACCUUCACCAUCGACGACAGCACCGGGGACAUCCACGCCAUCCAGAGGCUCGACCGGGAGGUGAAGGCCCAGUACAUCCUCCGAGCACAGGCUAGAAACCGCCUCACGGACAGGCCUCUGGAGCCGGAGUCCCAGUUCAUCGUGAAGAUCCAGGACAUCAACGACAACGAGCCGAGGUUUCUGGACGGACCCUACCAGGCGACUGUGCCGGAAAUGUCCAAAAUAGGAACAUCUGUGAUCCAGCUGACAGCCACAGAUGCCGACGACCCCACGUAUGGCAACAGCGCCCGCGUGGUCUACAGCAUCCUGGAGGGCCAGCCUUAUUUCUCAGUGGAUGCCAAGACUGGCGUGGUCCGUGUGUCUCUGGCCGACAUGGACCGGGAGACCAGAGAAAACUACACCGUGGUCAUCCAGGCCAAGGACAUGGGGGGCCAGCUGGGGGGACUCGCGGGCACCACGACGGUCAACAUCUCGCUGGGUGACAUCAACGACAACCCGCCCAUGUUUGACCAGAGGCUGUAUCAGAUGAGCAUCCCAGAGUCGGCCCCCGUGGGUUCGGUGGUGGGACGCAUCUGGGCGAAGGACAGGGACAUCGGGGUCAACGCAGAGAUGAGGUACAGCAUCAUCGACGGAGACGGGAGGGACACGUUUGACAUCAGCACCGACCCCACCAACCUGUUCGGCAUCAUCACGGUGAAAAAGCCGCUGAACUUUGAGGGUAAGCCCAGCUACACUCUGAAGGUGGAGGGCGCUAACACCAACCUGGACCCGGCUCUCCGUCACCGCGGACCCUUCAAGGACGUCACCAUCGUGCACGUGAGCGUGGAGGACGUGGACGAACCCCCGCAGUUCGACUCGCCGGCGUACCUCAUCGAGCUGCCAGAGGACGCAGAGAUCGGGACGGUGGUGAAGACGGUGUCGGCGAGGGACCCGGACGCUGCCAACAACACAGUGAGGUAUUCCAUCGAGAGGUCCAGUGACCCCGACAAGUUCUUCUACAUCGAUAUCACUUCUGGGUCGCUGAUGACGGUGCGUGCGCUGGACCGAGAGGAGCUCGGCUGGCACAACAUCACCGUCCUCGCAAUGGAGAUGAACGAUCCCACGAAGGUGUCGAGUGUGUCGGUGGCAGUGAGGGUCCUGGAUGUGAACGAUAAUCCUCCGUCCCUGAUGCAUUACCUGGAGGCUUACGUGUGUGAAAAUGCCAAAGCAGGACAGCUGAUCCAGACAGUCACAGCAGUGGAUCCAGACCAGCCGCUGGGAGGACAACACUUCUACUACAGUCUGGCUCCAGAGGCUGCAAACAACCCCAACUUCACCCUGAGAGACAACCUAGACAACACGGCGUGGAUCCUGACUCGACGAGGAGGCUGGUCCCAGCAGGACCAGACCGUCUUCUACCUGCCCAUCUUCAUCUCUGAUGGCGAGCAGCCGGUGCAGACCAGCACGAGCACGCUGACCAUCCGAGUGUGCAGCUGCGACCAGGAGGGGAACCUCAUGUCGUGCAACGCGGAGGCGUACACCCUGCCUGCGAGCCUCAGCAGAGGAGCGCUCAUCGCCAUCCUGGCCUGCAUCUUUGUCCUGCUAGUCAUGAUUCUCCUCAUGCUCUCCCUGCGGACUCACCGCAAGAAGCCGUACCUCUGCGACGAGGAGGAGAACAUCCACGAGAACAUCGUGCGCUACGACGACGAGGGCGGCGGCGAGGAGGACACCGAGGCCUUCGACAUCGGCGCCAUGUGGAACCCGCGCGAGGCUCACCACCACCCGGGGAAGAUGAGACAGGACAUGCUGCCGGAGAUCGAGAGCCUGUCCCGGUACGUGCCUCAGGCGUGCGUGAUUGGCUGCGGCAGCGGGGACAGUAACGUUCAAGGGUACGUGUUGGCGAAGCUCCUGGAGGCGGAUUUGGACCCGUGCGCUCCGCCGUACGACUCCCUGCAGACGUACGCCUACGAAGGAGAGGGGUCGGUCGCCGAGUCGCUCAGCUCGCUCCAGUCGGGAGCGUCGAACACGGACCACGAGUACGACUAUCUGAACGACUGGGGGCCUCGCUUUAAAAAGCUGGCGGAGAUGUACGGCGUGCUGGAGACAAACAGUCCCCCUUUGUGGUAGAGCGGCGGAACCUUUUUGGCCUUUUGAAUCAGAAAAAUGAAAAAGAGAGACAAUAAAAUCAGAGCAGAGACUCCGACUGUGUCACAGCAGCUCUCAUCCAUGACUGUUAGCACUUGAAAUCCUGCCGAAGCCUCGAUUCUCCACGGCGAUGGCGGCCUGGGAUGCCCGUGGAAGCAGUGUGAGCUGGUUUUUAAAUCCCCCCCUCCUCCCCAGAGACGGGCUUCAGAGUUCAGCGAGGCCCCCGCGGAAGAAACCGGCUUCAAAGCACAUGUUAACUCUCCUGCCUGACCCCGCCACGGGCAGAGCCCCUCGCUUCAAAGCGAAGACUGAUUCAUGCCGGAGAGAGGGACUACUUUCCUUACAGAGGGAGAUAAAACUCUGAGAGCUGAUCCGCUGAAAGAGAAAGUCACGCUGCAAAAACAGAGAGCGUCCUUUUUUUUUUACUCCAUCUGUGGCAGCUCUUAAUUUAUUCCUUUGUUCACGUGCCGUAUUUAUAUUGUUUUUGCUAAAUUAUUGUACUUCAAACCAACACUGAACUUCAAAACCUGCAGCUUUGUGAAGCGGUCAUUCUGUGUUUGUAACAUACAUGAUGUAAGCGCCCUUGUUUGUGUCGCUCUGUGACGUUCUUCAUGCAGGAGAUGAUGUGUAAUCCCCUUGUGGGUUUUUUCCCGGGUUGUUUAUUGUAUUCUUUGUUUUUGUACUAUUUUGGAGCAUUUUGUAUUGUAACAUAAAACACUUUUGCAUUCACGAGGAAGAGAAGGAAGCCAUUUUUUUUUUUUUGCAAUCUUUGGAUGGAACUGGAGAGAUGUUCUCCAUCGUUUCUCGCCUUUCAGUUCCUGUUUCUGAUCCACCAUCGUGCCCAGCCGGACGGCGAAACGAGCACGAGGCGAGAUACUGUGUUGCUUUUUUUCUGCCACCACACAAAUGUGGCUUAAUCCUCCAAUCCUGUGGACUUCAGAGACAUCGAUAAUCUGCAUCAAGUGCCAAAUGUAAAAAAGGAUGAAGACAGAAAAUAAAAAAGGGCGUUUGGAUGAAGAAGAAAAAAAACAUGAAAACCAAAAGAAAAAACGGAUUUUUCAAACGUGUAAAGACGUGAGAGAACAUUUUGAUAAACGAUUGAAUUUUACUUGAAUCCAUGUGGUCAGUCAUGCUACAGUAUGUGGUAUGUGAAUGUAGAUACUUUUUGUAUUCUUGCUAAUAAAAAAUCAGAAAACA